GCAGUCUUUAUCGUAACACAUGUUACUAGUGGUUGUCACAAAUAUUUCAAGCGUGACACCUGAAACUUUCGCCAUCCUACCGCAUUUUUUACUUUAUUCAUUCGGAUAAGAUGGUUAUCUGUUGUGGUAUUUAAAUAAACGACUCUUUUUUCGAAAGCAUGGUAUAAAUGGCAUAAGUUAUCUUGAUUAAGUUAUAUUACACUCUCAUUUAAACUUGGCUAGAUCUAAAUUAUUUUAUUAAUCAUUUACGACUGUGACAGUCUGUCGUGAUAGUUGUGUUUCUGGAAGAUUAAAUAAGAAAAAUUAAAAUAAAAAGGCGAAAGUUGUAAUAAUAAAAAAACGCGGGAAAGUGAUUUAUUGAACGAGAAUUAAAAAAAGGAUUUAAAUUUUUAUUUAUUUAGUUGAAGAUUAUAAGCUAAAAUGGCACGUAAAGUUCCAGAUGAAGUACAAAAGGUGUUCGACAAAUACACAGUUAACUUUGUCCGAAGGCUGAACAAAGACACUGCGUUACAGAUGUUUCAGAAGGAAUUCCAGCUUGAUCAAGAUAGAUCUAAACUUAUGUUCGAAAUGUUCGAUAAAGACGGCAAUGAUAUCCUUAGUGCCUGGGAAUUCUAUCUAUUUUAUACUACCUUUGGAUAUAAUUCCAACGAAUAUCUAGACAGAUUCGAAAAGUUAGAUGACGGUAAAGGUACAGCCGAUAUUGCCGGUCUUUUUGACUUUCUUAAAGAGUUAAAAACUUUAAGUGGCCGUGCAUUUGAAGACGAAGAAGUUGAAAAAGCUGUUAUGGGAUGUGCGGGCGACAAAGAUCGAUCAAUUGAUAAGAAAAAGUUCAUUGAACUCGUGUGUCGUAUAAAGUUGACACGACAUUGAGGAACAUAUAUUAAUAAUUAGAUGGUUGUGACUUAACAACUUUUCACGUGCUGUAAAAAUGAAAGCAUUGUGAAGUGUAUUGAUAGAAAGGGGCAAAUUUGAAAUAAUUUUUACUAUGGAAAUAUAUUUGUACUGAUUUGUGACCAACGCAAUAUCCUUUUUUAUUUUAUUUUAUUGUCCUUUUUACACGGAGAAAUAUCACUGUAAUGGAAGCAACAACAAAACGCAAAGUUUAAGUUAAAUUGGCAUAAUACUUCACAUGUGCCGGGAGAACUACAGAAUGGACGGGAGGUGUUGAAAUUUUACCGCAUGUUGUUUAAAAGAAAUUUCAUUAGUUUUAUAAUGAUACUAUUGUUUAUUCUAGACUUCAUUUUUGUAUUUGUUCAUAGCAAAUUCAAUUUGUAUGUUACGUCAAAGGCAAUAAUUGCAUUUCCAUCUAAAUAUUUAUUUAUGAUUAUUUUGACAUUCAACCAGAAACUGUGACAUUCAUUGUGAUGUAUGUUUGACAUUCCAUCUAUGUUUCGUAUAUGUUACGUUAUUAAACUUUUUUAUUCAUAAUUUAUUUAAUUUGUUAAUUAUUGUAAAGCAUAUUUUUCAUUCAUUUGAAAUCAUACUUGUUCAAUUAUUUUUUUUACAUCUGUCAUCUUUCUUUAGGAUAAUAAACUUUUCAAAGCUUA